UUUUUGGCUACCUUUAUGACCAGGGAAAGUGGGGUCUACUCGUAUAAAAGCGCAUCGGGUCUCAUGACGGUCACACUUGAAAUCUCAUCACGCUCCUCCGUUGGAUCGACAGAUUCGAGCCACCCGCACGACAAAAUGAAAUUCCUCAUCGUAUCCCUCGCUCUAGUCGCUGUGGUUCUGGCCCAGCAGCCACACCAGCAACACCUGCAGCAGCCGGCCAUCCUGAAACAAGCGCAGGACAUUUCGCCGGAGGGAUCCUACAGCUUUGCUUAUGAGACCGAGAACGGAAUCGCCGCUGCUGAACAGGGCUCGCCGCAACCCAUUGGACCCAAGGGCGAACAUGCGAUCAUCUCUCAAGGUCACUUCGAGUACACCGCUCCCGACGGCACCCCCAUCGCUGUCCAGUACACGGCCGACGAGAACGGUUUCCACCCGCAGGGUGCCCAUUUGCCGAUCGCUCCACCUGUACCCGCAUUGAUCGCGAGGGCCGUCGACUACGUUCUAGCCCACCCGCAGCCCGAGAACCAGCACUAAAUAAUCGAUGACAUUUAGCAAUAUCUCCGGACAAAGCGCUCACCUCUCGUGCUACGCGAAUUAUAGAUAUAAAGUGUUUUCUUAAUAUAUAAAUAUAAAUAUUUCUUUAAAAAAUUU